CCUCGGUGUGUAUGUGUUUUGUUGGUGUUUAAGGUGGCGGAUAUGCAAUAGAGAACUGGUGCAGACUGGUUGACUCUGCCUCUGUGCGCGCGGCACUGAAUGUACCAUAAUAAUGAGAUGAGCGGGGACCCUUUAAAUGUGCAUAAAGCUCUCUCGGGUAAAUGAUUAGUAAAUCGUCCUUUUGUACCGACACUUUUUCCGCUUUAACACGGAAAGUGUUUUCAUACCUCCAAUGGUUUUCUGCCUGAGAGGCGUUAAUCUGCACAGAAACGCGAAGACAUGACAAGACACCGGAUUGCGUGCAUAGGCAAUAUUCCAGUCCGUUCCUGUAAAUCGCGUUCUGCUCGCAGUUUACGCGUUACUGGGAAGCAAACCAUUGUCGUUUACAUGUCGUGACCCGGUAUAGAAACACAAAUGGCGUGAAUGCCCUCAAAAGGACGUCUCCCACGCGAGGGGACCGCAUAUCUGACUACAACAGUGUCCCUAUUACGGCAAGGACAAGUGGAUACAAUGUGUUUCAGAUUCAGGAAUUGAAGUGCUGCAUGGAUGACGUUUGAUGACGUUUAUAUGAGACAGAAUGUUUACCCUCACAGAAGUUGCCUCUCUAAAUGACAUCCAGCCAACUUAUCGGAUACUGAAACCAUGGUGGGACGUCUUUAUGGAUUACCUGGGUGUGGUCAUGCUAAUGCUGGCCAUAUUUGCCGGGACCAUGCAGUUAACCAAAGAUCAGGUGGUUUGCCUUCCUGUUCUGGAAUCGUACCAAACCCCUGUACCCACGGAAAGGCCACCAGAGAAAGCUUUUGGCUCAGGGACAGGAGGAGACCAUGUGACAUUGGCAGCUGCACCUUUAACAAGCAAAGAACAAACCAACAGCAUUGUCCAAGACUUCCCACAGUUGUCUUCUGGCAAGCAACCUCAGCCAAGGGGUUUACGAACAAAUCUGGAUUUUCAGCAGUAUGUCUUUGUUAAUCAGAUGUGCUACCAUGUUGCCCUCCCGUGGUAUUCAAAAUACUUUCCAUAUCUAGCUCUCAUUCACACUAUUGUUCUCAUGGUAAGCAGUAACUUUUGGUUCAAGUAUCCAAAGACCAGUUCCAAAAUUGAGCAUUUUGUGUCUAUUUUGGGGAAAUGUUUUGAGUCCCCUUGGACGACCAAGGCAUUGUCUGAGACAGCCUGUGAAGACUCCGAAGAAAAUAAACAGAGAUUGACUGGAGCCUCUAUGUUACCAAAGCACCUUUCGACCAGCAGUGAGGAGGGAAGUCCAAAUCAGUCCACACCCAUGCUCACAAAAUCUAGCAUUAAGUUUUCUGCAGAGAAGCCAGUCAUUGAGGUUCCAAGUAUGACUAUACUUGAUAAGAAAGAUGGAGAGCAAGCUAAAGCACUUUUUGAGAAAGUGAGGAAGUUCCGCACACAUGUCGAAGACAGCGACAUGAUCUACAAACUCUAUGUAGCUCAAACGAUAAUAAAAACUGUCAAAUUCAUUCUGAUUCUAUGCUACACCAUGACCUUUGUCACGUCCAUUAAAUUCGACCAUGAUUGUGAGCCCGAAAUUAAGCACUUAACUGGAUACGCAAAAUUUAAAUGCACCCAUAACAUGGCUUUCAUGUUGAAAAAACUCCUUGUUAGCUACAUUGUUCUCAUUUUUGUUUAUGGCUUGGUUUGCAUUUACACUCUCUUUUGGCUGUUUAGACGGCCUCUUAAAGAGUACUCUUUUGAGAAAGUUCGCGAAGAAAGCAGUUUUAGUGAUAUCCCAGAUGUGAAGAAUGACUUUGCUUUCCUCCUACACAUGGUGGACCAGUAUGACCAAUUGUACUCGAAACGUUUCGGUGUCUUUCUCUCAGAAGUAAGUGAGAACAAACUGCGGGAAAUCAGCUUAAACCACGAGUGGACCUUUGAGAAACUACGCCAACACGUGACUCGCAAUGCCCAGGACAAGCUUGAGCUGCAUCUUUUUAUGCUCUCAGGUGUUCCUGAUGCGGUCUUUGACCUCACAGAUGUAGAGGUCCUGAAAUUAGAACUCAUCCCAGAGGCACGUAUCACAGCGAAAAUUUCCCAGAUGAUCAACCUCCACGAGUUGCACUUUUACCACUGCCCCGCCAAAGUCGAGCAGACUGCAUUCAGUUUCCUCCGCGAUCACCUCCGGUGCCUUCAUGUCAAGUUUACGGACGUAGGAGAGAUUCCCACUUGGGUUUACAUGCUGAAGAACUUGAGAGAGCUCUACUUGGUGGGAAACUUGAACUCCGAGAAUAACAAAAUGAUAGGAUUAGAUUCCCUCAGGGACUUGAGGCAUCUAAAGAUCCUACAUCUGAAGAGCAACCUUACCAAGAUCCCGACUAACAUCACGGACUUAUCACCCCACCUGAUCAAACUUGUGGUUCACAAUGAUGGUACUAAACUCUUCGUGUUGAACAGCUUGAAAAAGAUGAUGAAUCUGGCUGAACUGGAGCUGCUCAAUUGUGAAUUGGAGCGGAUACCACAUGCAAUUUUUAGUUUGACCAACCUGCAGGAGUUGGACUUGAAAUCGAACAAUAUCCGUACCAUUGAAGAGGUCAUCAGCUUCCAACACCUCAAACGGCUUAACUCCCUCAAACUGUGGCACAAUAAAAUCACUUCCAUUCCAUUGUCCAUAAGUCUCGUAAAAAACCUAGAGUUCCUCUAUCUGUCACAUAACAAACUAGAGACCUUGCCUACCACUCUGUUCAAUCUUCUUAAACUAAGAUACCUGGAUGUUAGUCACAACUCCAUCGUAGUGAUUCCUCCAGAGGUGGGGUUUCUCCAGAAUCUACAGCAUUUCGCCAUCACAGGAAACAAGGUGGAAGUGGUACCCAAGCAGCUGUUCAAAUGCACAAAGUUGCGUAGCCUAUCCCUUGGGCACAAUUGCAUCUCAACGCUGCCAGAGAAAAUCGGGCAGGCGCAGCAGCUGACUCAUCUUGAGCUGAAGGGGAACUGCCUGGAUCGCCUGCCCGCACAGCUUGGCCUGUGCCGACUCUUGCGCAGAAAUGGUCUCAUUGUGGAAGACCACCUUUUUGAUACACUGCCCCUAGAGGUCAAAGAGAGCAUAAGUCAGGAAACCAGUGCUAAUUUUGCUAACGGAGUGUGAGUGUGGAUCAGAAAAAACCUAGCUAGAUGGUUUUCUGAGUGAACGGAAUCAGAGUGUGCAAAAGACAGUGUUCAGUACUUAUGUUUGUUUGUUUUUCUUUUAUAAAAAAAAAAAAAAGCUUUGUUGUUUUAUCCAGGACUGUGAUUGGCAUGAAUGGAUGUUUUAUGUGUAAGGAAUGAGUCCAGUAUCAAAACUUAUGUUUUUACAUUCAAUGUCAUUUUUUUUGCACAGGCCAAAACAAAUUGCCGGCAGGCCAAUGUAAACAUUUGUGAAUUUUAACUAUGCUUAGUGCAUAGAAUUCUUGAGAAUUAUUCAAUCGUUUGAGAUGAUUAUGCCUGUCUGCAUGGGUUUUUGUUCUUUUAAAAUGUUUUUGUUUGUUUUUAUAAUUUGUCCAUGUAACAGUGGAAGAUCACUUUUGUUUUCUGUUCAUUUUCAGUCGCAUUCAUGUUAACAUUUUCACCAGCUGUUAUCCGCACAGUCUGCAUCACAUGCAUUGUGUAUUGUGGUGUCAUUAUUGAUUGUAUUUGUUUGGGAGAACCCAGAACAACAACUGACAUAUUAUUAUAAAGUUAAUCACAACUACUGUACUCGACUAAGUGCAAAAGAAAAAAGUGAAAAAGUCUCCCUGGUAUUGGGUUUAGAUAAAAGUGCACUAAAGUAAUUUAAGUUGUGCUCUGAAGUGUUUAAGAAACUGAAUGUUAGCAUUGAUACAAAGUUAUCAUAUCUGUCCAAGAUUCAAUCAAACAGUGCAUUUUAUGCCUCCGUUAAUAUCUGUUUGACCUUUUUCAAACUGUCCACCUAUUCAAUGUCUAUAAACCAAAAUACUUGGGACUGAAUAACAAUGUUUGUUGAUGCGGUGCGAUGCACAAGAUACCUUUAGUCUUUGCAGGUUUUGGGAAUAAAAUAGCCUUUUCCUAUUAACAUCAUCCUUUCAUGUGGGCUAUAGGAGUAAUGCAUAAUUCAUGUUGACCUCAUUUGACUUGUGCAUGUUUUGUAUAUAACCCCAAAUGUUGGGACAGACCUGUAAUGUGUAUACACUGCAUGGUCCUUAAUGCUCUAAACCUCCAGUAGACAUGUAUUGGUAAAUUGCCAUUUUAUAUAUAUAUAUAUAUAUAUAUAUAUAUAUAUAUAUAUAUAUAUAUAUAUAUAUAUAUAUAUAUAAUAUUAGUAAUAUCAUAUGUUAGCCUGUAACUGUAUGAUUACCAUCUGUUUUACUGUUAGCCCUUACUGGCUAGUUAAAGUAAUGAAAAUGCUUGCAUUGUGUGAAUGUUACUGUGACUGUUUUAAGUUACCUUGCUCUGUCUGCGCUGUGCAUGUCCACGAAGUCUGCGUUUUAGGCGAAUGCACGAAAAUAUUGACUUGACAUAUGCGGAGGAUCAAUAUUCAUGCCAAUGCUGGAUUAGAUGUAAGAUGUCCCUAACCUGAACAUUUGUCGUUUCAAAUCUGUCAUAAAUGAAGAAAACAAAGUCAAGAUUUAAUAAUUUUUGUAGUUGAAUGAAAAAAAUCAGGAUUGUUAUCAUUUACUCAUCCUAAUGUCAUUCCAGACAUCUAGACAACCUGGUAAAAAUAAUUAGUUGUUUGGAUCACAUUAAAUUUCAUAUUUUAUUUUAAUUAAUAUAAUUUAUUGUAUGUGCAUUAUGUUCUACAGAAUGAAGUCAUACAGGUUUGAAAUAACAUUAGGUUGAGUAAAUUAAGACACAAUUUAAAUUUGGUAAACUAUCCCUUUUAAAGAUUAUAUAAUAACAUAAAUGGUUUCACUGUUGCACCCUGAAACUUAAAACCAUUUCCUUAUUUUAUUUUAAGCCAGUAAUUUGCAUGAAGAGGAUGUGGAACUGUUCUCUUAAAAAGUAAAGGGUAUCAAUAAUAUUUAGCUGCUUUAAUUAAUUGUUGACAUAGAUUGAGUGGUGUUUGCUUCAAAGCAUUCAAUUGUUUAUGAAAGUUUUCAAUAGACUGGAUGGUAUUUCAUUUACCUGUAGUGUACAUGGAUUGGAGGGUUAAUAGUAAUUUAAUCAUUUGGAUAAUGUCUAUUGUAUUUUUGUUUU